AUGUGGGUGCUGCUGCGGGCUUUGAUCGAAGCCGGCAAGUUCCCACUCCGAGAGGAAGCACCCCUCGUGCUGCGUUUGGUCGAAGAGGGCCCGCUAGAGCUCACAGAGGCCGUGUUGGCCGGGCCGGGGGAGGUGUCGGAGCGGACGAUUGUCUGCCUGCUCCGUCGGCUCCUCCGCCCGCAGGAGCACCUCCUAACCCCCAUUAGUGCCUCGUCACCGGCCACGCAAGAGCACAGAGAUGCUGGGCAACCUCAUAAGGGAGAUGAGGAGGGGAUCCCAGCGCGGGAAGUGGCGAGACUGGCGGGGCUGGCUGUCCGCAGACCCUGCUGUCGAGCCUUCCUGCGCACUGCCCUCGCCGUGGAAAUGGACGGCCCCAGCGCUGCCUUGCUGCUCGUGCUGCUACAGGCGCUUUUGGAAGAGGCUGUGGGCGCGGGCGGGAAAGGAAGGCCAACGGAGGAAGCGGUGUUGACCUGGCUGGAGAGCCUGCUGGACGCCAAGUUUGUGGCCUUGGUAGUGGAGGGGAAGCGGGAGAGAGCGGGAGAGGCAUGGGGGGACGAGGGGGUCCUACGCCGGGUGCUGGCCUCGACGCAAGAAAGAAUUCAAGCGGCGGCGCUCUCGUGCCAGGCCUUGGAGGUCGUGGAGGGCUACAUCGCGCAAUUCAGACGGGCGGGAGAGAGCCUGCAGGUGAUCCCGGAUUACUCCUUGGACGUGCUCCCAGUCUAA